CCCCCUGCAGCUGUGCCCUUGUAAGGUUCUGCCGGAGGUCGCUGGGAACAGAGGGAACAGAGUGAAGGAGAAAAACAAGAGGAGGAAGAGGGCAAACGCCAGGCUGAAGAGAAUGAAAGCCCUUCUGGCUUCCCGCUUGGGGUCACUCCGGUUUUUCUCCACUUCUGGCCAGCAACUGAAAAACAAAGUCCCAGAAUACCAGAAGAUAUUUCAGGAGGACAAUAACCUGCCUGUGCACCUGAAAGGAGGCACCACGGAUGCCCUGCUGUACCGUUUCACCAUGGCCUUCAGCGUCUUUGGUGUUGGCCUCUCCCUCUUCCAGCUGUUCCAAGCCGCUCAACCCAAGAAGAACAAGUGAGAAUGAAGUGUAUAUGUGGGAGGGGGUGACCUGGAAGAGCAUCCCCUCCCCACGCCCACACACGGGAUUCACAUUUCCUUUUUAGAGGACAUGGUAAAGAACAAACAAGUUUUGGAGCGGGGGGGGGGGGGAAACGUGAUCACAUCUGUAGAUUUCUGGGGAACCUCUUUCCAAAACAGCGCAAGUGUAAAAUCUGUUUAUGAAAAAUAACAGUAAUUAAAGAGACACACCCAUA